UGUCACCAGACGGAGUGACACCACAGCCCUCACCAUGCUGUCCCAGCCCUGGGGGCUGGCCCUCCUCUGCCUUCUGCUCGGCCUGCAGGGGUCUCUGGCUGCAGUCUUNAUCACCCAGGAGGAAGCCCACAGCAUCUUGCACAGGCAAAGGCGUGCUAACUGGUUCCUGGAGGAGCUGAAGCCCGGCUCCCUGGAGCGGGAGUGCAAGGAGGAGCAGUGCUCCUUUGAGGAGGCCCGGGAGAUCUUCAAGGACACUGAGAGGACGAAGCAGUUCUGGCUUUCCUACACAGACGGGGACCAGUGCGCCUCAAAUCCGUGCCAGAACGGAGGUUCCUGCGAGGACCAGCUCCAGUCCUACAUCUGCUUCUGCCUCGACGGUUUUGAGGGCCGGAACUGUGAGACAAACACGGACGACCAGCUGAUCUGCAUGAACAACAACGGGGACUGUGAGCAAUACUGCAGUGACCACGCAGGGGCCAGGCGCUCCUGCUGGUGCCACGAGGGGUACACGCUCCAGGCCAAUGGGGUGUCCUGCACACCCACAGUUGAAUACCCGUGUGGAAAAAUACCUGUUCUGGAAAAAAGAAAUGACACCAAACCCCAAGGCCGAAUUGUGGGAGGCAAGGUGUGCCCCAAAGGGCAGUGUCCCUGGCAGGCUCUCCUGAAGAUGAACGGGGAGCUGCUGUGCGGGGGCACCCUGCUCGACACCACCUGGGUGGUCUCUGCAGCCCACUGUUUCGACAGAAUCAGGAGCUGGAAAAACCUGACGGUGGUGCUGGGAGAGCACGACCUCAGCGAGGAGGACGGCGAUGAGCAGGAGCAGCAAGUGGCUCAGAUUAUUGUCCCCGACAAGUACGUCCGGCUCAAGACGGACCACGACCUGGCUCUGCUUCGCCUGCGCAGGCCCGUGACCUUCACUGACUACGUGGUGCCCCUCUGUCUGCCCGAGAAGGCCUUCUCCGAGAGGACACUGACCUUAGUCCGCUUCUCGUCCGUCAGCGGCUGGGGCCAGCUCCUCCACAGGGGUGCCACGGCCCUUGAGCUCAUGCUCAUCAACGUGCCCCGGCUGAGAACCCAGGACUGUCUGGAGCAGUCACACAGGAUGGAGGGCUCCCCGGCAUUAACGGAGAACAUGUUCUGUGCUGGCUAUGUGGAUGGGACACAGGAUGCCUGCAAGGGCGACAGUGGGGGUCCGCACGCCACCAAGUUCCAGGGCACGUGGUACCUGACAGGCGUCGUCAGUUGGGGUGAGGGCUGUGCAGCCGUGGGCCACUUUGGGGUGUACACCAGGGUCUCCCAGUACACAGAGUGGCUGCGCAGGCUCAUGCGCUCAGAGCCACACUCAGAAGGCCUCUUCCGGGCCCCGUUCCCCUAGCAUGGGCAUGCACUCUUCGGAAUAAAGCUGCUGCUGCUGGGCUUGUCCUGGCAUCAGGUCCUGUAAAUUCUUCUGCAU